ACCGCUGUAAUCAAAAAUCAAAACCCUCACCCCAAAAGCUUCUUCUCUUUGCCCCUGUUGUCCCAGUGUGUGCCUUUCAGGUUUGACAAGAGGGGUUUGUGAGUAGCAAUGGCCAUGGCGAAGUUUGUUGCUGCCUUGCUCUUGGCCCUCAUUGCCAUUUCUAUGCUUCAAACCAUGGUUGUGGCAUCUCAUGGGCAUGGAGGUCAUCACCAUGACAAUGGCAAUUAUGGACCAGGGAGUCUCAAGAGCAACCAAUGCCCAUCACAAUGCUCGAGGAGGUGCAGCAAGACCCAAUACCACAAGCCAUGCAUGUUCUUCUGUCAGAAGUGCUGCAAUAAGUGCCUGUGCGUGCCUCCCGGGUACUAUGGGAACAAAGCCGUGUGCCCUUGCUACAACAACUGGAAGACCAAGGAAGGAGGCCCCAAGUGCCCUUGAACUCUCCUAUUACCACCUCACUACUACUAACUAUAUAUCUCUGCUUCCUUUUGAUAUGGACUUUGUUUUGUUGGGUUGAAGAUUUAAACUACUUUGCCAAAAUCAGUCACUCCUUAGGGGUUUUACCUACAUGUGAGCGGCUUUUCUAUAUGUUAUCGAUCUGUGAAAUCUCUGGUUUCACUAAUAUAUUUGCACUUCUUUUUGUUCGUGGA